AGUAGUAUUAUUAUGCUUAUGCUCCAAAACAAAACACAAAUACAAACACAUUGUGUUGUUGUAUACCCCACAUGAGUCAGAAAGACAGGAGAUUUAUGCAGCUUUCAUUCACUGCCCAUUUCUCGUGAAAGCCCUCUACAUGGGAUUGUAGUGCCCACUAUUUCCUUCCCAUCUCCUCAAAACAAUCUCUCUCUCUCUCUCUCUCUCUCUCUCUCUCUCUCUCUCUCUCUCUCUCUCUCUCUCUCUCUCUCUGUGUGUGUGUGUGUGUGACACAACAAAACACCUGAUCCGUGAACCACUGUACUACUACUAAAAAUCAUUGUACUAUUCACUCUCAUUUCAUCCCUGAAGAAGGAACAUGUUUUCAUCUGCAUAAUCAAUCACUUUCUCCGUUGCUUCUUCAGUUCUAUCUCCUCUUCUGUUACAGAGGCUAAAAGAUUCUAAAGUUUUUUCCCUUGAAGAAGUGAUGGAUGUAGCAAAGUUGUUUCAAAUCCUCACAUUUGUGAAAUAAAGGAAAAAGGGUGAAGGAAAGUUUGAUUUUUUGAGUGAAAAGAACAAGAAAAAAAAUUGUUGGUUUUGUGGUACAUAGUGUAUAGUGAUGGAAAUUCUGUUCUUGUUGCAUAUUGUGUUAGGUUGGUAUCUUUCAAAUGUUGAGUUUGUAGGUGCUGAGUUACAGGACCAAGCUAUAAUACAUGCAAUCAAUCAAGAGCUUAAAGUUCCUGAAUGGAGUGAUGCAAACAUUUCAGGUUACUGUUCUUGGCAAGGGGUUUCAUGUGACAAUCAUUCAAUGGUGGAGAAGCUUGAUCUUUCUCACAGGAACCUUAGAGGUAAUGUGACUUUAAUGUCUGAACUCAAAAGUUUGAAGUUACUUGACCUUUCAAAUAAUAAUUUUGGUGGAUUUAUUCCUCUUGCUUUUGGAACUUUAUCUGAGCUUGAAGUUCUAGAUUUGUCUUCUAAUAAGUUUGAAGGUUCAAUUCCAUCACAGUUUAGUGGUCUCAAAAGCUUAAAAUCAUUAAACCUUUCUAAUAAUUUGCUUGUUGGUGAGUUUCCAAUUGAACUUCAUGGCUUAAAGAAAUUGCAGGAUUUGCAACUUUCUAGUAAUCAAUUGAGUGGUUUUAUACCUUCUUGGGUGGGGAAUUUAACCAAUUUGAGAGUUUUUUCGGCUUAUGAGAACCGUUUAGAUGGUAGAAUUCCAGAUAAUCUAGGCUUGAUUCCUGAACUUAAAAUACUUAACCUGCAUUCUAACCAGCUUGAAGGUCCAAUACCAUCAAGCAUUUUCGCUUCGGGAAAGCUAGAAGUUCUGGUUCUCACACAGAAUAAUUUUAGUGGUGAUCUACCCGAGGAAAUUGGGAACUGUCGUGCCCUUUCAAGCAUUAGAAUUGGAAACAACCAUCUUGUAGGUAGCAUUCCUAAGACCAUUGGAAAUCUUAGUAGCCUAACAUACUUUGAAGCCGAUAAUAAUAAUCUUUCUGGUGAGUUAGUGUCAGAGUUUGCUCGGUGUUCUAACCUCACCCUCUUGAAUUUAGCUUCAAAUGGAUUUUCCGGGACUAUUCCACAGGAGUUUGGACAACUUAUGAACCUUCAGGAAUUAAUUUUGUCUGGAAAUAGCCUAUUUGGUGAUAUUCCAAAACCAAUUCUCAGUUGCAAAAGUCUCAACAAGCUUGAUAUUAGCAACAACAGAUUCAACGGGACAAUACCAAAUGAAAUCUGCAACAUUUCUCGGCUGCAGUACUUGCUAUUGAAUCUGAAUUCCAUAAGAGGAGAGAUCCCUCAUGAAAUUGGAAGUUGUACAAAACUUCUUGAGUUGCAAUUGGGGAGUAACUAUUUGACUGGAACUAUUCCUCCCGAGAUCGGCCGCAUCAGGAACUUACAGAUAGCUUUAAAUUUGAGCUUCAAUCAUCUCCAUGGAUCACUGCCACCAGAAUUCGGAAAACUCGAUAAACUUGUUUCUCUCGAUGUUUCAAACAACCGGCUAUCAGGUAAUAUCCCAGCUGAGCUUAGGGGAAUGUUGAGCUUGAUAGAGGUGAAUUUCUCGAAUAAUCUGUUUGAAGGCCCUGUACCAACAUUCAUUCCAUUCCAGAAAAGUCCUACUUCGAGUUUUUUAGGCAAUUUAGGGCUUUGUGGAGAUCCAUUGAACUCUUCAUGUGGAGAUAUUAAUGAUGAUCAGAGUAGUUACCAUCACAAGGUUUCUUACAGAAUCAUACUGGCCGUAAUUGGUUCUGGUUUGGCAGUUUUUGUGUCGGUAACGAUAGUUGUCAUGCUGUUUAUGAUCAGAGAGAGGCAAGAAAAAGCAGCCAAAGAGGCUGCCGGUAUUGUUGAUGAUCCAACCAAUGACAAACCAACUAUAAUAGCAGGGACUGUUUUUGUCGAUAAUCUAAAACAAGCAGUAGACCUUGAAGCCGUUGUUAACGCAACAAUGAAAGACUCAAAUAAGAUCAGCAGCGGAACAUUCAGCUCAGUUUACAAAGCAACCAUGCCUUCUGGUGUGGUCUUAUCAGUUAGGAGACUGAAAUCUGUGGACAAGACAAUAAUCCACCAUCAGAACAAGAUGAUUCGAGAACUUGAAAGGCUAAGCAAAGUUUGUCACGAUAAUCUUGUGCGACCUAUUGGUUAUGUCAUUUACGAAGAUGUUGCUCUUCUCUUGCAUAAUUAUUUUCCUAACGGAACAUUAUCUCAGCUUCUUCAUGAAUCUACCAAGCAACCUGAAUAUCAGCCUGAUUGGCCAGCUAGGCUAUCCAUUGCCAUCGGUGUCGCAGAAGGUUUGGCUUUCCUUCAUCAUGUCGCAAUUAUCCAUCUUGACAUUUCUUCUGGAAAUGUUCUUUUGGAUGCAAAUUUCAAGCCUUUGGUUGGAGAGAUUGAGAUUUCAAAACUUUUGGAUCCAACCAGAGGCACCGGAAGUAUUAGUGCAGUUGCUGGUUCCUUCGGUUACAUACCACCAGAAUAUGCAUACACCAUGCAAGUGACAGCACCAGGAAAUGUUUACAGCUAUGGUGUUGUUUUGCUGGAAAUCCUUACAUCUCGACAACCUGUUGAAGAAGAUUUUGGCGAAGGUGUAGAUUUGGUGAAAUGGGUUCAUAGCGCUCCUGUUAGAGGGGAAACUCCGGAGCAGAUACUUGAUGCAAGACUUAGCACAGUUUCCUUUGGUUGGAGGAAAGAAAUGCUUGCUGCUCUAAAGGUUGCGUUGCUUUGCACCGACAACACACCAGCCAAACGACCGAAAAUGAAGAAUGUUGUAGAAAUGCUACGGGAAAUCAAGUAAAAAACGAGGGACUCAAGCCAUCAAGAUUUGAAGUAUGUGAACCUGUCAUGCAAUGGAUACUGAAGAACUGAUAUGUAUUACAAGUUACAACUAUAAAUAGUAGUCUUGUAUCAAGAAUUAUGUUACAUGGUACGAAGGUGUUGUAACAAGUAAAAUCAAGGCUAUAUAGGAAUUGAUUGAUCUUCACCAUUCUAGUAGUUUGUCCAAAUGAUUAGUCAUGAAAAUCAAUUUGAGUUGGACACUAUAUUAUUAUUAUUAGGUUCUUAUUGAGUACAUGCAUGCAAGGAAAGACACUGAUACAGGAUAUUUAUAUCAGUUCUUAUUGAUCAGUAUGAGCUUGUCCUCAGUUUCCA